GAGCUUGUGCAAGCUUCUUUUACCCCUGGCCUGCAUACCACUGGAGAGCUCCUAAUAUAGACCCAACUGCUUCAUGGGAAAGGGCAGGAAACCAAGCGGAGUCCCCAGCAAUUUGAGAUUGCUGCUUUGAAAUCAACUUUUUUCAUGGAAACACCAACAGAAUUAUGGAGCCUCCCUCACAGGUGUUACUCCCAGGGAAGAAGCGGGAAAUAAAGAAACAAGAGGCUGACGCCACAGUCUACAUGAAUUUCAUGAAAAGUCACUGCUGCUAUGAUGCCAUUCCAACCAGCUGUAAACUGGUCAUAUUCGAUACCAAACUACAAGUGAAAAAGGCCUUUUUUGCACUGGUGGCAAACGGCUUGAGGGCUGCGCCCUUAUGGGACAGCAAGCUGCAGAGAUUUGUGGGUAUGCUGACUAUUACGGAUUUCAUCAACAUCCUCCAUUGCUAUUACAAGUCCCCUCUGGUUCAAAUGUAUGAGCUGGAGAACCACAAGAUUGAGACAUGGCGAGGUGAUUCAUUUCAAAAUGUCUACUUACAGUGUUCCAAUCACUUCCUCAUUAGUAUUUCCCCAGAGGCCAGCCUCUUUGAUGCCAUCUAUUUCUUACUCAAAUAUAAGAUCCACAGGCUGCCAGUCAUCGACCCAGAGUCUGGAAACGUCCUGCACAUUCUCACCCACAAACGAAUCCUCAAGUUUCUCCAUAUAUUUCAGAAGAAAGUUCCCAAGCCCCCAUUCAUCGGAAGGCCGAUCCAGGAGCUUGGGAUUGGGACGUUCAGGAACAUCGCCACUGUUCAGCAAACAGCAUCUCUUUAUGAAGCCCUCUCCAUUUUUGUGGAAAGGCGAGUAUCUGCACUACCUGUGGUAGACGAACAAGGCAAAGUGGUGUCACUCUACUCAAGAUUUGAUGUGAUUAAUCUAGCAGCCCAGAAGACGUACAACAAUCUGGACAUGCCGAUGCAGGAGGCCGUUCGCAGGCGCACGUGUUUUGUUGAGGGAGUGAUCAAGUGUUACCCCGAUGAAACCUUGGAAACCAUCAUAGACCGUAUAGUCAACGCGGAGGUCCACCGGCUGGUCCUGGUGGACCGGGCUGAUGUGGUGAAGGGCAUCAUCUCUCUGUCUGACCUGCUGCAGGCCAUGGUCUUAACCCCCGCAGGUAUUGAUGCCCUUUUGUCCUAGCACCAGGGGACAGGUGGUCCCUUACUCUCCUUUUUAUCACCUGUGUGGGCUUGAUUCCUGGCCGUGUAACCCGCCAGAAAUCAACUUGUGACUGAAAUGAGAGACCACAAAAGGAAGUAAACUCCCCUGUCUGGGCUGCUGUUACCAUGAAGAUGUCAUCAUGAUUAAUAGUGUUAAAGUAACUAUAAAGGACCGUGAGCCAACCUUGAAAAUGUACUGAAUCUCUUUAAGUCUCCAAGCCCAAUGUCCAUAUUGGCUGCAUUUGAUCAAAUUGAUCAAUAUGUGUGCAACACUGUAUAUUUCUGUAUUAAACAUUUGUAUCAAAA